UGGAUUAUUCAUGUUCCUGUGCCGGGGCAGGGUUUUUUUGCUAGCCCGAUUGCUACCUACCAUUUUAUCCCAAAUGUUCGUCUGUUUAACCUAAAAAAGUAUAAAUAAGCUAUAAUACGACCACACGAGGACGAAGGAAGUGUUUAAAUGGGCCGUUCAAAUAAUUUUUAUUGUAUUUAGGCAAUUUUUAGCGAUUGACAAUUUCCGAAUUCUCCGGCCCUGGUAUUGGGAACGCGUCAGACAGACAAGAGAACGACUGGCUGAGUCUGCGGAUACGAACGAAGAGGGGACGUGUUUUUGGGCCUAAAACGGUUUCCCAAUUUCUGUCAAAAUUGUAAACCGCGCCAAUAGCUCAUGCAAUCGGUCAAGAAAUCCUGUGCGACCUGAAGAACAGAAGACACCCCCGUUCCCGUAACAACCACUCUCCAUUAUCCUCCACAGGUCCCUACCCGCUGCCAAGCUGAAUCCCUACACCAGAGCCCGCAUGACCGAGGCAUGGCAGCAACAUGCUGUGGCGCCUCCCCCGGUGGUCCACACCAUCCCCCCGGGGGCAGAGAACGCCUUGGGCUGCGCGGUGUACGGCAUCGUGCUCCAGCCGGACCCCCCCAGCCUGCAGCAGCAGCAGCCCCAGCAGCACCACGGGGCCCAGCAGCACGGAGGAGGCCAGCACAGCCAGCAGCAGCACCCAGCCCAGGCCCAGCAGCCCUCCCUGCAGGUAGGAGGGGAGGGAGGACACAAGUGUGGGGCCUGCGGCCACGAUAUCUCCCACCUGGCAAACCCACACGAGCACCAGUGCAUGGUGAGCCAGGACCGCUCCUUCCAGUGCACCCAGUGUAUGAAGAUCUUCCACCAGGCGACUGACCUGCUGGAGCAUCAGUGCGUGCAGGUGGAGCAGAAGCCGUUUGUGUGCGGGGUGUGUAAGAUGGGCUUCUCCCUGCUCACCUCGCUGGCACAGCACCACACCUCGCACAACAGCAGCAACCCUAUGAAGUGUUCCAUCUGUGAGAAGACCUACCGGCCCGGUUCCUCGGGCAACGCCACGCCCACCUCCUCCGCCACCAAUCCCCAGCAGCCGUCCAGCGACGGGGCGUCGGCCAGCGGUAGCUCCUCCAUCACCUUCCCCUCGGCCCGCGACCGCCCCUACAAGUGCUCCGUCUGCCAGAAGGGCUUCAAGCACCUGUCGGAGCUGGCCCGCCACGAGCGCGUGCACACGGGCGAGAAGCCCUUCAAGUGCGACACGUGCGACAAGAGCUUCAGCCAGUCGUCCCACCUGGCGCACCACCAGCGCACGCACAGCUCCGAGCGGCCGUACAAGUGCGCCGUGUGCGAGAAGAGCUUCAAGCACCGCUCCCACCUGGUCCGCCACAUGUACGCCCACUCCGGCGAGCACCUGUUCAAGUGCAACCUGUGCGAGCUGCACUUCAAGGAGUCGUCGGAGCUGCUGCACCACCCGUGCCACCCCCAGGGCGCCCGCCCCUUCCGCUGCGCCACCUGCGGCAAGGGCUUCAAGCGCCCGUCGGACCUGCGGCAGCACGAGCGCACGCACUCGGAGGAGCGGCCGUUCCACUGCGAGGAGUGCCAGAUGAGCUUCAAGCAGCAGUACGCCCUGGUGCGCCACCGCCGCACGCACAAGAACCCCGCCGACCGGCCCUUCAAGUGCAACCUGUGCGACAAGGGCUUCCUGCAGCCCUCCCACCUGCUCUACCACCAGCACGUCCACGGCAUGGAGAACCUCUUCAAGUGCGCCUCCUGCCAGAAGGAGUUCAGCCAGUCGGGGGAGCUGCUGCGCCACAAGUGCGGCGAGUCGUCCUCCGGCUCCGGCUCGGCCGACAAGCCGUACAAGUGCGACGUGUGCGGGAAGGGCUACAAGAAGAGCUCCACCCUGCAGCGGCACCAGAACUCGCACUGCCAGGAGAAGCCGCUCAAGUGCUCCCUGUGCGACCGGCGCUUCCUGUCGUCGUCCGAGUUCGUGCAGCACCGCUGCGACCCGUCCCGCGAGAAGCCCCUCAAGUGUCCCGACUGUGAGAAGCGUUUCAAGUACACCUCCGACCUGCAGAGGCACCGGCGCGUGCACACGGGCGAGAAGCCCUACAAGUGUGCCAGCUGCGAUAAGGGCUUCAAGCAGAGGGAGCACCUGGCCAAGCACCAGAGUGUGCAUUCGCGCGAGGCCCAGUUUAAGUGUGUGUGGUGCGGGGAGCGUUUCAGCGACCUGGGCUCUUUGCAGGAGCACACUGUACAGCACACUGCUGAGGGAGGGGGCUACCCGGUCCCUCCCUGCAUCUAGGCUACUAACAACACCCCCCUCCCAACCCCACCCCCCACCUCUCGUUUCUUCCUUACAGUGCACAGAAAAGAAGUAACCCUGCUUGCAAACCUUCAGUUGCCCCCCUAACCCCCCCCCCCCCUCCAGCUUGACAGAGAACCUCUUAACACUGCAGAAUUACCUUCUAUCUGACCCCUAAACUAACCCCCUGACCCCUAAACUAACCCCCCCCCCCCCACCUUACCCCAAGAAGAAAACCCUACAGGUUCUUUUUAAUCUUCCUUUGUUUCAUAUUAAAAGGGUCUUACAGUCAUCGUGCUGCCAAGUCUAACUUCUACUUCCCUAAAGGACAGAAGAAUCACCCCAUCCUGAUUGAACGUGUUACUUACAAUUUUAUAGACUAGAGGAAUAUUGGCUCCUCGACUAGGUCAACCUUGAUGUUUUAUCUCCCCUUGAACCAGCUCCCCCCCCCCCCCCCCCCCCC